AUGGCGAAGGUGAACCAGGUUUGGAAAGAAUUAAAUGCCAAAAUGACGGCCAAAAGAACAAGAAAUCCUAGCGGACGCAAUAAAAGCCAAAAAGGAACGGCCAGUGAACUGAUUGUUCAACGACUAACCGCCGAACCUGACAACAAACAAACUUUCCGUCCGGUUCAACCACGUGAGUUCGUCGAGUUUGAAUACGACGAAUUGACUUUGGACAAUUUGAAGCAAGCUUGUGCAACACACUUUGGUCUUCCGGUAAAGACCUGUGACAUUCUGGUCUCGAACAAGGGUCCUCCUUCGUGCAAAAAUAUUAAUCAGAUACCUCAUCGAAAAGAUAAAGUAAGGCUAGGAAAAUCAAUGUUUGUAUUUAAUAUUCAAAUGGCAGAUUGCACAGGGGGGGUUGCAACCUCGUACCCAGGCUCUUUCCUCUACGCUCCUAGCUGGAGAAAAUACCCUGGCUGGGGCUGGUCACGUGUACCCUAAAUUCUGGGUGGCAAAAAGUGUAAUUGCUGUGGGAGGGGUAGUAGAGGAGUCUGUUUGUCGUGUUUGGAAUUUGCAACUUUAUGCUUUAUAGUUUCUGGUGAUAAACAUGCACUUUACAACAAGAAAUCGUGAAAGGAACUGUUCUAAAUUCGUAUUCAUCAUGACACGACUUCCUGCUGUACUGAAUGUCAUCAAUAAUAAGUGUUGCGGUACAUUUCAAGCGAGAAGUUGGAUCAUAUUUCACUUGCAAGGAAAGGACUAUACACGCGCCUGGCUUGCGAAGUUGAGCACGCAUCGCCGUAGAAACAUAAAUGUCUUCUACACCGACUGGUCGAUCAAACGAACGAUAUGGUUGUUUAUAUUUGAAGUGUAUAACUAUCCUGUUCGAUAUUCAAAACAACCUUUGAUUUCCCAAACAUCGCCAACUGUGUGUAAAAAAUGCUAUCCCGACUAUGAAAGCACUGGAUUAAAACCCGUUAUGGACGUAACAUUCCCUGCAUUUACAUUGCUCAAACUCAACGAUGAAGAAUGAUUAUAUCGAAGUAUAAUACUAAAGCUAUCUGUUAUCACACGAACGCCAAAUAUACUCGUCCGUGCGUGGGGUACAACUUGGAUAUUUUUAGGACGAAACAUGCGACCAGACACUGGUAUUGUACUUUAUAGUAAAUUAUUUCAUAUUUCAUGUAUUAGAGUAAUUUACAGCAGGUACAUUAAAAAUCGUUUAAAGACCUUUCAUUGGCAUUGCCAUUGGCCUUUAUUUGAAGAAUAAUCCCGCUUAAAAUGCAGCUUCUUGCGACUUGUAUCAUGACCGCUGUGGGUCAUCAAGACAAUAUUUAUAUCAACCUUUAUUCAUGCAGUAAACUUUAUCGUAUACUGUGAUGGACCUUCUAGAUGUUUCACCAAACGAUACUGGAGACAAAUAACCUAUCUAUAUCAAUGGAAGCUCUAAAUAUUUUAUUAUAUUCAUUAAAGAAUUCUAUGAGCGAGAUGUCGUGCGUACAUAAUUUACUGUUUAUGAAUUUAAUAAUAUGUAUCCCUGAUUAAACGUAGGGUCUAGGGACACUUUAUACCAGGUAUAAUAAAAAAUAUUUUGCUAAAACUUAUCAGCUAUCAUUCCUUUGCAUUCAAGGGGCGAGGGUAAAUGGCUAUAGAAUUAUAUAGGAGAUGCUGUGCAGUAUUUUGGCUUCAGCAUACAGUUAUUCGUGCAGACAAAAAAGGAAAAGAAUACAGUUGUGAAUUGUCUUAUAAUUCUGUACUGUUGAUCCCAAACAAUUUUGUACGUUAAGAGUAACACUCCUUCCUACCUGGUGGCUGGUGUUUUAUAUAAACGAUGAUAACCUAUUUUUUAAAGAAAAUCUAGAGCACUAUGACUAUGUUUACAAACGCUUUUAUAAUCUAUUGUAGUAUUGAAUAGACAUUCGAUAUCUAUUUAGCUAAUGUCCAAAUGUGUAACGUUUGCUGUAAGACCACCAAGACGAAGCGCCUACACAGUCGCUAGACGCUAGUGAGACCUCUAUUUAGCAAAUUUAUACCGUUCCGUAUAACAACAAUUCAAUGGCAUAUUAUAAGAAUAUUUUACAGUAAAUAUCUGAACCCGAGGCAGAACAGAAACGUACGCGUGAAAUGAAACUGCGCCCGAACCCCGAGAGAAUAAAAGGGCAAAUAUUUCAAAGCAUACGAUCAUACGUUUUCGUUGCUUGAUUUCCUGACUUGUCCGUUCUAUAAGAAUAUACAGUUUAGCAGGUUUGUAUAAUUUAAAAGCAAACAAAACCAAUUUUUAGCAAGUAUUUUGAAGUAUAUAUGAUAUAUAUGAUUCUGAAAGAUAAUUGUUCAGGCGGCCACUCCUCGCAAUCGAAGUGUGAAGUGCGCAAGUGGAAACAUGUAAUAUGAGACUUUCCCAUCCCCCUAAUAGGCUAUCAAUUUUCUAUGGGUCACGUGACCAGCCCCAGCCAGGGUAUUUUCUCCAGCUAGGAGCGUAGAGGAAAGAGCCUGGGUACGAGGUUGGGGGGAUUGAGGACAUCUUUUUACCAGCUAAAUUGUGACCCCCUGGAAUUCAGUUUAUAUACCCCCUUCGCUGGAAUUUCCUGGGAAUUCAUUGCCAGAUACCCCUGGAAAAUGGCUUUAAUUGCAGACCUCCUGGAUUUUGGUCUCUAAUCACCCCACCCCCUGGAUUUCUGCUGUCUUUUCACCCCUCCCCCUGGAUUUUCCAAGGCCUUUUUCUUACACCCCCUCCUCUGGAUUUUCCAGUGUCCUCAACCCCCCUGUGCAAAUAAUAAAUGCAAUCUGCCAAUAUUCAAUUAAUUUCAAUACAAUAGACCCCUUGUUCUGUUCCAUAAAUAAUAUUAGGUUAUGUACAGCAAGGCUCUGGUAAACAUUUCCAGCCUGUGGAAUUAUAAGAUCUAAAUCAGGGGUUAGGUCAGGUUAAAGUUGGGGGUAGGGUUUAGGUUAUUUCCAGCCAAAAUAUGUACUAUACGAGCCCGCCGUUUUUACCAGUUAGACAACAAUACAAACUAAAACUGCAGUUAUAACAUUUUUAAUUUCAAAUUUGAAAAACAGUUGCAUUCAACACAGUUAUUUCCCUUUUCCCAAAUGUAAGGCCUGGCAAUGUUAGCAAUGUUUGGGUAACACGAUGUUCUAAUUGCCCAGGUAUCUGACAGGUACACUGUGUACAGGUUAAUGGGUCAUUCCAGAAAACAUCCAUACCACCCCCACAGAGGAAAUAGGAAGUUAAUCCUUAAUACAUUUACUAUUAUCAGAAACAAUUUUUUCUACCCUCCCCUCCGGACGGCAGAAAUUUCCUCCGUGGGGGAGUAGGAUAUUUUCUGGUACGACCCAAUAUAAAUUUAUAACUUUACUUAAUCAUGGAAUUUGUUUAGGUAUACCUUGUUCGUUUUGUGGUAGACCUUGAACAAGAAGAUGAAACAGUAAAUCUCUCAAGCAGUGAAAGCGAUGAACUUCCCCGUCAAAGAUCAAAGCGUGCUAAAAGUUCAGAAUGCAUUGCAUCACCCAAAAAAGUGGAAACACAAAGCUAUCCAGCAUCUGUUUCCAUUAAUCAACUUAUGAAGGCAGGCAAAUUCAUCAAGCCAGUCCCCAAGACAAAGACAGUGCUGAAUUUAGAGUCUUUUGAUGUUGUACAGAAGGAGUGGGUAUCUGAAAAACCGGUUACUGUUUUCAUCGAUCAGGAGAAAUUUGCUUCAGGUGCAUUUCGAGAUGCCUAUAAAGGGAUGCCAGAAGGUGGUGCCAGUCAAAAGAAAUGGGUUAUCAAAAAAUAUAAUGAGAAAGCCAGGACCACAAUUGUAACAACACUUUCUUCAACAGUUGAGAUUCAUGCUAGGAAGCAAGUCCAAAUGCAUUCAGUUGCCAGACACCUAACAAAGCAGUUUACCUUGAAAGUUGCUAAAUCAUUUGGUAAGUCAUUUUCAUAUAACAAGGUAUUUUUUGCCAUGUAUGAUGGGCAACCUGUGACAGUGGAAGAGUUUGUACCAGGUGCCUUUACCAAAUAUGUUAACAAUGAUGGACAUUGCAUCCAACCAAGUGAAGCCAGUGAAAGUGUUGAGGAAAUCUUUCAAAAAGCUCAAGCAUUGGUUCACCAUACAUAUGUAGUCAGCAGGCAGAAAUUGAUGUUAUUAGACAUCCAAGGAUCUGAAUAUUCCCUAUAUGAUCCAGAAAUAGCAACUAAAGAUUUCUCUGACAUAGAUGAUGAAGUCUAUUUUUGCUGUGGAAAUCUUUCAUCAAUCAGCAUUGACAAUUUUUUAGAUCAGCACACAUGUAGUACAUUUUGCAAAAUGGUGAUUGAAAAAUAA